GACGAGAUCCGCGAGAUGAAGCCCGACCGCAUCAUGAUCUCGCCCGGCCCGGGCUACCCGAAGGACGCGGGCGUGUCGUGCGACGUGAUCCGCGAGUUCGCGGGCCAGAUCCCGAUCGCGGGCGUGUGCCUGGGCCACCAGUGCAUGUUCGAGGUCUUCGGCGGCAAGGUGGACCACGCCGGCGAGAUCGUGCACGGCAAGGCGUCCGUGAUGGUGCACGACGGCAAGGGCCUGUUCAAGGGCAUGGCGCCCGAGUUCAAGGCCAUCCGCUACCACUCGCUCGUGGGGCUGCCCGAGACGCUGCCCGACGCGCUCGAAGUCACGGCCACCGUCAAGGGCACCAACAUGAUCAUGGGGGUGCGGCACAAGCAGCACAAGGUUGAGGGCUGGCAGUUCCACCCGGAGAGCAUUCUCACGGAGGACGGCCUCAAGCUCAUCCAGAACUUCCUCGACAUGUGAACGAUGCAAGCACCCAGAGGAGAGAGAGACCUCGUUCGACACCGCUGCGAAAAUACAGUACAACUUCCUGCUUGUAAGCUUGCUAGCUCGGUCUCUCCUCGUCUUCUAUUACAUACAGAGCCCGGUUAAUUACU